AUGGCCGCUCAAAGGAAUCUCUCAGAGCGCACCAAACUGGUCCUCCUUUUCCUGUGGUUGCCCUGGGAGUCCGCAGCCCGGCAGAUCCGCUACUCGGUUCCUGAAGAACUAGAGAAAGGCUCUUUUGUGGGCAACAUCUCCAAGGACCUAGGGAUAGAGCCCCGGGAGCUGGUGGAGCGCGGGGUCCGCAUCGUCUCCAGAGGUAGGUCUCAGCUUUUCUCUCUGAACCCGCGGAGCGGCAGCUUGGUCACCGCGGGCAGGAUAGACCGGGAGGAGCUGUGCGCCCAGAGCGCGCCCUGUCUCCUGAGCUUUAACAUCCUUGUGGAAGACAGGGUGAAACUUUUCGGGAUAGAGAUAGAGGUAACGGAUGUCAAUGACAAUGCACCAAAAUUCCAAGCAGAAACUCUGGAUGUGAAAAUUAAUGAAAAUGUCGCAGCGGGGAUGCGUUUUCCUCUCCCGGAAGCUAUUGAUCCGGAUGUGGGCGUGAACUCUCUGCAGAGCUACCAGCUCAGCCCUAAUAAACACUUCUCCCUAGUCGUUCAGAGCGGUGCUAAUGGCAUCAAGUACCCGGAGCUAGUGCUGGAGCACACCCUAGAUCGUGAGGAAGAGGCGAUUCACCACCUGGUCCUCGUGGCCUCUGACGGAGGUAACCCUCCCAGAUCAGGCACCGUCCUCAUCACCGUGACUGUAUUUGAUACAAAUGACAAUGCUCCAAUCUUCACCUCUCCUGAGUACCGAGUGAAUAUUCCAGAGAACUUGCCUUUGGGCACUCAGCUGCUAAAGGUAACUGCCACCGACAAAGACGAAGGCGCCAAUGGAGAAGUGACAUAUUCAUUUAGAAAGUUACUGGAUACACAAUUGUUGAAAUUCCAACUAGACAAAAAUACUGGAGAAAUAAAGAUAUCUGAAAAUCUGGAUUAUGAAGAAAUGGGUUUCUAUAAAAUAGAAAUCCAAGCUGAAGAUGGAGGGGCCUAUCUUGCAACUGCAAAGGUGUUGAUUACAGUAGAGGAUGUAAAUGACAACAGCCCAGAGGUGACCAUCACAUCGCUGUUUAGUCCAGUGGCUGAAGAUUCGCCUGCGGGGACUGUCAUAGCCCUUUUAAACGUGCAUGAUUUAGACUCUGGGCAGAAUGGAGAGGUAACCUGUUCCAUCUCGGGGAACCUACCAUUUAAAUUAGAAAAGUCCAUUGACAGUUACUAUAGACUAGUGACACAAAGAGCUCUUGAUAGGGAACAGGUAUCCUCUUACAACAUCACAGUAACAGCCACUGAUGGGGGAAACCCACCUUUGUCAAGCAAAGUUCACUUCACUCUGCAAGUGGCAGACAUCAACGACAACCCGCCCACCUUCUCUCAAGUCUCCUACUUUACCUAUAUCCCAGAAAACAACCCCAGGGGCGCCUCCAUCUUCUCGGUGACCGCCCUGGACCCGGACAGCAAAGAAAACGCCCAGAUAGUUUACUCUCUGGCUGAAGACACCAUUGAGGGGGCACCACUUUCUUCCUACAUCUCCAUCAACUCAGACACUGGCAUCCUGUAUGCCCUCUGCUCCUUUGACUAUGAGCAGUUCCGUGAACUGAGGGUCCAGGUGACUGCCAGAGAUAGCGGGAAGCCUCCCCUCAGCAGUAACGUGACAUUGACCCUGUUCGUGCUGGAUCAGAAUGACAACUCUCCAGAAAUCUUGUACCCCACUCCACCCACCGAUGGCUCCACUGGGGUAGAGCUUGCUCCCCGCUCAGCAGAGCUGGGCUACCUGGUGACGAAGGUGGUGGCGGUGGACAGAGACUCAGGACAGAACGCCUGGCUGUCCUACCGCCUACUCAAGGCCAGCGAGCCAGGGCUCUUCUCCGUGGGGCUGCACACCGGGGAGGUGCGAACAGCGCGGGCCUUGCUGGAGAGAGAUGCACUCAAGCAAAGUCUGGUGGUGGCUGUGCAGGACCACGGCCAGCCUCCUCUCUCCGCCACGGUCACUUUGACCGUGGCAGUCGCUGACAGCAUCCCUGAUGUUCUGGCAGACUUGGGCACCCUGGAGCCACCUCAGGACUCUGAAGCCUCAAGCCUCACCCUCUACCUAGUAGUGGCAGUGGCAGCUGUCUCCUGUGUUUUUCUCGCCUUUGUCAUUGUGUUGCUGGCACUCAAACUUCGGCGCUGGCACAAGUCUCAUGCGCUUCAGUCUUCCAGGGAUGGAUUGGGCGGCGCGCCUGCCUCUCACUAUGUGGGCGUGGAUGGUGUGCGUGCUUUCUUGCAGACCUAUUCGCACGAGGUUUCUCUCACUGCUGAUUCACGGAAGAGUCACCUGAUCUUUCCGCAGCCCAACUAUGCAGACACGCUCAUUAGCCAGGAGAGCUGCGAGAAAAAAGAUCCUUUGUCUCUGUUAGAUGAUUCGAAGUGCCCUGUAGAAGAUGCCCCUCUGGUGCCAGUGAGUGCUGAUUCUACCUUUUCUUUAUACAGUUAUGGGACCAAUGCAUCUCUGCCUCGGAAGACUGCACUCUCUCCUACUGUGAAGAUCCAAGACCUAGAGAGAACCCGAGCCAGCAAUGGGAAGGAGCUGCGCGCAGAGGCAGCGCCCCGGCCGCCGCCCGCAGGUACUGUUUACGCGGAGAGCGGGGACUUACUGGUGAAGGACCGCAUAGACCGCGAGCAGAUAUGCAAAGGGAGAAGAAGGUGUGAGCUGGAGUUGGAAGCCGUGCUAGAAAACCCCUUGAAUAUUUUUCAUGUCGUUGUGGAGAUUGAGGACGUUAACGACCACGCUCCUCAAUUCCCAAAAGAUGAAAUAAACCUAGAAAUAAGUGAAUCCGUCAACCCAGGGAUGAGAACAAUUCUGGAGUCUGCGAAAGAUCCUGAUAUUGGUGUGAAUUCACUGAGCAAAUAUCAGCUAAGUCCUAACGAGUAUUUCUCAUUGUUGGUGAAAGACAAUCCUGAUGGAAGCAAAUACCCAGAAUUAGAAUUGCAAAAGACACUGGACCGAGAAACAGAGAGCACACACCACUUGGUGCUGACAGCUGUAGAUGGUGGAGACCCGCCCCGAAGUGGUACUGCUCAGCUCCGAAUCCGAGUAGUGGACGCCAACGAUAACCCCCCAGUGUUCAGUCAAGAUGUGUACAGAGUCCGCCUUCGGGAAGAUGUGUCUCCGGGGACUUCUGUCCUAAGGCUAAGAGCCACGGAUCAGGACGAGGGCAUCAAUGCAGAGUUCACAUACUCCUUCCUGGGUGUGGCUAACAAAGCCCAGCACGUGUUCUCUCUGGAUUCCAUAACCGGAGACAUUGUAACUCAACAGCCUUUGGAUUUUGAAGAAGCAGAAACAUACACGAUUGAUGUGGAGGUAAAGGACCGAGGAUCUCUUUCUUCACAGUAUUUUGGAGGAUUCCCCUUCUGGGACGGUUGUGGCCCUCUUCAAAAUAAGGGAUCGAGAUUCCGGGGAAAACGCAGAAGUCACGUGCAGUUUAAGUGGAGACAGUCCAUUUAA